UAUCCGGAUUACUAUCCACCCAAGAAGGACUGUAUCUGGCACUUUACCACCACGCCCGGUCAUCGGAUACGGUUGGUUUUCAACGUGUUUGACAUUGAGCCACAUCAGGAAUGUGCCUACGAUCAUAUCGUAAUCUACGAUGGCAACUCACCGGACAGCCACACACUGGGACGCUUUUGUGGGGCGAAAAUUCCGCAUCCCAUUGCGUCGUCCUCGAAUCAGAUGUACAUGGUUUUCAACACCGACACGAGCGUCCAACGGAAAGGGUUUUUCGCCAGCCACUCGACUGCCUGCGGUGGUCGGCUACGGGCGACCGAGGUGAAGAACCAUUUCUACUCCCACAUCAAGUUCGGUUCGGGCAUGUACGAGAAUGGAGCGGACUGCGAGUGGACAAUCGAGGCCGAAUCGGGCCAGAACGUGCAGCUCAAGUUUCUUAGCUUCGAGCUAGAGGAGGAGAAGUUGUGCUCAUACGAUUACGUCGAGGUGUACGGUGGGCUGGAUGACGAAAGUGGUCCGCUGCACGGAAAGUACUGCGGAAAUGCGAAUCCGCCGGAAAUCAUAUCGAUGCACGAGGCGCUGAUGGUGCGGUUCCGGUCGGACGAUACCGUCGGCUUCAAGGGUUUCUCGGCCGCGUACGUCGCCAUCAAAACGAACGACGACAUGCUCACCACCGAUGAAGAAGGUUCUGAUAGCUCCGAAAUCAUCCCGUUUCCCGGUUCACUAAAAACAGUGUUCAUCAAACAGGGCGAAGAUAUGGACGUGGAGGAGGAGGAGGAGGAGGAGGAAGAGGAGGUGGACGGAGAUAUCGAUUAUGAGGUCUACCCGCGCCGACCGGCCAACGGCAAGAAGGUGCACAUCGCGGUGCACAACGAGAUACGCUCGUCUCAGGCGAUUGACUGA